GUUAUAUCCCAAUUCCCAUAAAGCGUUUACUACGGCAUAUGAGAGGUUAAGCUAGCAUGUCGGUCACUGAAUUGGUAAUAAGAAUAUGUAUUGUGCUCAUAGGAUCUACCUUUGCUGCUAUUAUAGGUCCAUCAGGGAUUACAUUAGUCGGAAACGGAUCGUCCACGAAUGGCCAACGGUUAUGCAAGGAGAUGCUCUUACAAUGACAUGUUCAAUGUCACAGAAUAUAUCAUCUGUUACCUGGAUGAAAACCGAAGCUUCACUGAACGCCAAAGAAGAGAGUCACGUGUUAAUGAGACUUAUGAAUGACGGUAAAUGUGAUUUUUUCAAAAACACACCGCCAACCGAUGUUGACUGUUCAUGCAUUAGCCCUCGUGUGUUUUCAUGUACAAUAAAACAUACAACUGACGUUGAUAAUGAAGACAUAUGGCGAUGUUGGGCAAGUGGUAAUGGCCGAAACAUGUCUAGCAACGAGAUACAUAUAUACGUUCAUGGUAAUAGGACCUCUAUAUCGGCUAACCAAUCAGUGGAAGUUAACGGCAUCUCUACCGGAAAAUCAGUGACACGUAACGGUGUCUCUUAUGACCAAUCAAUGGAAGUUAACGGCAUCUCUGUCGGCAAAUCAGUGACACGUAACGGUGUCUCUUAUGACCAAUCAGUGGAAGUUAACGGCAUCUCUACCGACCAAUCAGUGACACGAAAAGGCGUCAUUUCUGACCAAUCAGUGACAGCUAACGACAACUCAUCUGACCAAUCGUCAAACGUUGUUUAUGUAGCUGUAGGUGGAAGUAUAGUGCUUUGUCUUGUCUUUGGGCUUAUAGUCGGUAUACUGGUUACUCGGUGUGUCCUGCGUCGUCGACAUAAGAAUGCUGCCAAUUCAUUCGAAGACAAAACACGUUUGUCCAAAGAUGCACCACUGGAAAAUAUGUACAUAACAGUUCUCCCGCAAAAAGAAGGCUCUGAACAGAAUUCGAGUGCCAAUGUUGGACAUGUUAGACGACCGAACACUCACCACAACGAACAACCGCUUCAUUUGUCGUCAUCAACCAAAAAAAACUACGCUGAUAUGAACCUGCGGACUGAAGGAUGUACCACUAAGCUCGAUAAUAUUCACAAACGGCAGAAACAUGUCAACUUAAGUCAUUCAUCACCACCUUGUUCAACGUAUGAAUUACUUUCUCCCGAGUUACGUCGACAUGCAGUUUAUGAUUGCAUAAAACCGGAACAAUACAGCUUGUAAAAUUAGCACCACACCGAAAUGGUAACUGUUUUAUGUGAUGUUUGAUGUUGUCAUUACGAUGUUUUGUUUUAGAGUGCAGUGCACGCUUAGCCGAUUUAAGCGGCUAGCUAGUACAACGUGUACAUACAUGUAUGUUGGUGUGCAAAUACCUUGCAGCGGAGCCAAUUAAAAUUAAUAUUGAAGGAACAUUUUCACAUGGCUUGGUUUGUACUUCUUGUUUUAUGUUCAUAAUACAGUAUAUGAAAUGAUGUGUUGCUAUAAUUAAACGAUGUAUGAUUGAUGUUA